AUGGCUCCACCUGUACUACCAAGCCCUUUUCUGCUAAAAGCAAAUACCAAAAACAAGUAUUUGCGCUAUCAACUUGAUGCAGAAAGCGACCUUAAUGAGAUUGUCCAGUUUUUCGAGGAUAAUGAAAACAGCAGGUUCAUAAAGUUCAUCACCGAGAAGCCAAACAAUGAGGACUACGCCGACAAGAAUUAUGUGCAUAUCAAAUGCUCCUACAUUGGCAACUACUUGAGAAGGGUGGACCAAAACAAGCUAUUGGUCCUGGCCGCAGCUGCUGACCAAAACGAAACCAAAGACAAUUGGGCUUGCACAUUGUUCAAGGUUGCAGAAUUGGCAGAAGAGUUAUACAAAGAAAUCAACCCGAACAGCUAA